AUGCGCUUUAUACCUGUCCGACUCUAUGCUUUAUCUAUCUAUCUAUCUAUCUAUCUAUCUAUCUAUCUAUCUAUCUAUCUAUCUAUCUAUCUAUCUAUGUCAGUCUGUUCUUUCUUUCUUUUCUUUUCUAUCUUUCUAUCUAUCUAUCUAUCUAUCUAUCUAUAUAUCUAUAUAUCUAUCUAUCUAUUUCAGUCUCUUCCUAUUUAUCUAUCUAGCAGAGUGUGUUCAGUAUCUAUCUAUCUAUCUAUCUAUGUCAGUCUGUUGUUUCUAUCUAUCUAUCUAUCUAUCUAUCUAUCUAUCUAUCUAUCUAUCUAUCUAUUUCAAUCCCUUCCUAUUUAUCUAUCUAGCAGAGUGUGUUCAGUAUCUAUCUAUCUAUCUAUCUAUCUAUCUAUCUAUCUAUCUAUCUAUCUAUCUAUCUAUCUUAGCCUGUUCGUAUCUAUCUAUCUAUCUAUCUAUCUAUCUAUCUAUCUAUCUAUCUAUCUUAGCCUGUUCGUAUCUAUCUCAGCCUGUACCCAUCUAUCUAUCUAUGUCAGUCUGUUUUAUCUAUCUAUCUAUCUAUCUAUCUAUCUAUCUAUCUAUCUAUCUAUCUUAUGCCCGAAUCUGUUGAUAUACAUACAUACAUCAGAGUUGCUCCGUAUCUAUCUAUCUAUCUAUCUAUCUAUCUAUCUAUCUAUCUAUCUAUCUAUCUAUCUAUUUAUUUACAGCUCCAUAUAG